CAGGGGCAUGAGAAUGAGAUACGUCCUCGUUUGUUCAUGUAUUAAUUGAGACGUAUGUCGCACUCCCGGCCAUACCAUAACCCCAUCAACUACAGUCCACUCCUUCAUCAUCCUAUUCGUUGACACUCACUUGCAUAUCUCAACCAACAACAGUCUUUACCAGAUCUUACAAUCAUCUCUCUCAACAUGUACGCUAAGACUACCCUGAUCGCCGCCCUGGCCGGCUCCGCGACUGCCGUCUUCGACGUUAGACCGGACCGUAUCCGUCGCGAUGUUGUUCCCCGUCAAACUGAGCUCGCCGCCGACCCAUGCCUCAACGCUCUUGGCACAGUCUACGCCAACGCACCCACUCCUCCUCCCAAGAUCCUCUCCUACGAGAUGACUGCCCCUCCGCAAACCGACCCUUGCAGCAUCACGGUCCCUGCGGAACUGAGCGCCGACUACUCCAGCUAUACUUCUGAACUCCUCAGCUGGGUCGACGCCAACUCGGCCUCAAUCGCGUCGGCGGUGUCCGUUUGCUCCACUCUCUCCGACUUUGAGACCGAGAUCCCACUCUGCACGGCGGAACCAGUUGGUGGUGCUACGGCAUCUGGCUCUUCGGCACCAAAGACAACUGCUGCUGGUGGCGACUAUCCUUCUGCUACCGGCGAGACAAAGACUGGAGCUGCCGCUGGCACGGGUGCCGGUGUCAGCGCGACAAGCGGCCGCAACAGUCCCACACAGAUUGCCGUCAACGCCGGGCCCCGUCAGACCGGUAUGAUUGCUGCCGCUGCCGUUGCCGCUGGCUUUGUUGGCGUUGCUGCGUUUUUGUAA